AGAAAAAACAGAGUCGAAGGAAAAAACCAGGUUUUCUUGCGGCAUCCCCCUUGGCCGCUGCAAGGCCGCUCCCUCGGCAAAGUCGUCAAUUUACGCUGUCGUGCGCCCGAAGGGCGCUUAUCCUCGCGACCUCGCCUCAUUCUCAGCUUUCACGCGAUAAACCUGGGCCGCCCUCAAGAUUUUCCGUUGUCUGAGCGUUUGCUCCCACACUGGCGACCACCGACCGGCGAAGAGUCUUGCCUGAAAUCCAAGUGUUCCGACAGCAGUUCGUGUAUCGGCGACUCUGGACGCGCCGGAAGCUGGCGUGCUGUGAGGUGCUCUUGUCGUGCAGGCGCCUCCGCAGCCUUUCCAAAUUCGCAUGUUCCUUCUUCCAGAGUCCAGCAACGGCCUUCGAUGUCUUUGGUUUGACUGCCGCUCUGGUGCCAGAGUCGCAGUGAGUCGGGUGUAUGUACAGCGCUGGGUCAACUGGUUGGCACUCCCGACGCGCUUCCUCCCCUGCGAUUAGGAAUGUCAGCCGCAGGCGAGCCAAAAUGGGCAAGUUACUGCAAUGGGUCUCUCGACCCUGCCUCUUCGUUGUGGUCGCUGUUCUCUGUGCUUCGUUGUCUUCAUUCUCUCCCGAUCCUGCCGUGACGUCCGGGGAGGAGUCUGCGGGAAACAAUCAACGAGGCGCUGGCUGGCAUGCCGUAGGCACCCUGACGGGUGUCGUGUUGGGGGUCCACGCUGCACAGCCUGCCCUGCACCCGGAGUUUUUUUCCCAGCAGUAUGCCGUUGGAGUUCAAUCCCUGGAACACGGACAAGUACCUGAGGAAAAUGACGAACCAUCGGCGAUGUCCACGCUGGGUGCCCCGGAAGACAACAGCGCAGUCCCACUGAUUGUCACCCGCCGCAGAAGAACUGCUCGUUUUCCGUACUCGAACUUCGCUGCCGAAAUGGAGCAGGAAGGCUGGAACGUGGGUGAAAGGGCGUUACGGCGCGGCACCGCCGGAAAUUUCGCUGCCAUUUCAGACGAAGCAGCGAUUGUUGCCACGAUCGGCUCGCGGAAAAAGGUGAUCUUCAAUCUCUCCGACCGGCUCUCGCUCCACACUCGCGCGGAUGGAACGGUCGUUUGCGCGACAGGAGGCGUCGCAGCGACGGCUACUGCCGGUGAUGUUCGGCGCAUUUCUUUCGAUGGCAAGACCGGCUACGUCACGCAGGCGUCGGGUCCCGCUCUCUCGUUCGAGGGUUCCCCGGUGGAUCCUGUGGUGCUUCCACUCAGCCACGGCACCAACAAAUCUGUGACGGCGGGGUCGAGUCUUUUGGUUCUUUGCACCAAGCCGAACGAAGCGGCUGUCGCGAUCCCUGGGGACAAGCCUGUCACGGUCAAGACCCCCGUGGUCCUCAGAAAAGCCUUGGAGGCAAGGGAGCGUCGCCUCUUCGAAGAACGUGCCUCACAUCUGGAGAGCUACGCGCGAGGCGGGAAGACUAUUGCGAAGGUGGCUGCCUUUGGUUUUAUCCUUUUCGCUCUCGGGUUUAUGAGUGCUGUGUCGCGGUUCGCCGCGUGGGGGCACCGAUUGGAGGCGGAUCAGAGUCUCGAAACAGUGUACAGGGUAUUGGCGGACGCGGAGCUCGUUCCUCCGAACGAGCCCCUCGCCAACAGACACGUGAUCGCUUUUCUCGCAGACACCAACGAGGAGCACCGCCAAGUGGUUCUCAGGCAGCUAUACGCGUCUGAUCCUGGCACACUGCUUGUGUACAAAGAAGGCACUCGGCGCAUGCGCUCCGCUGUGGUUAACGCGGUGUUGGCCGGCUACUCGAUGCUUUUCUUCGUCGGAGCGUACGGCGUCUCGUCCUUGUUCAAUCAUGCGGCUGCGAGAAACCGACGACGCUCGCGGAGCCGGCGGCACGACCACGCCGCUGGCACGCGCACUGCCACAGACAGAGACGAGGAGUGGGUGAACGCUGGAGACGCUGACCCUCUGGACCUUGGAGACGCAGAUAUAGUCAUCGCCGACGGCGAUUUCUAGGUUCGUUGACGCGCGCAAGUUGGGCCGCACGUGAGACACAGAUGUGUGCACCGGCCUGCGUCCGUACCACUCGUGGCGUCGGUGGAACGCCACAGUGAGGCACUUCGACGCGGCAAAAGCCACAGACCGACGCGGCAAAAGCCACAGACCGACGCGGUGGGUCAGCACCCCGGGUUUUGGAGGCGCUUGGCUCGUGGCCACGUGGAAAGCAAACUUUUCGGCCUUCGUUUGAAGUGUGGAGACGAACUCCAGAGCUGCUCGUCGU